AACAACAAUACAGGAGACUGUUUACUUUCUGCGUACACGUGUGAGCCGAGCUGAAAUUGUGUCAGCACUCGAAAGGAGGUUUUUCUCAAAUCUAGACGUGUUACUGAGACGGUUAACUGAGACGAGACUCUGUCUGAAUCGGACCUUUUGAGACGGAGUUCGAGGUUUAUUGCACAAGCGUAAAUGCUUAUUAAUAACGCGUCAUGGUGUCAGAUUACGUCCAAGAUGCAACACGCUCGUACCGGCAUCAGCACUGUGCUGGUGACCGAGUGUGAGUCUUUAGACAUGUCUAAAAAAGCAGUAACGGAUUCCACAGGAGACGUCCCACAGUCCUGUGCUGCUGCACAGAGCAUCGUGGAUCUGGAGGACCAGUUGGAUUUUACAAUCAAUGGUUCAUCAGAAAUGGAGACUCCCUUUGAGUUGGAGAAAAAACACAACACCAUCAACACACACACAGAGCCUGCUCCCGUCUCUUCCGCCAUGGGCUCGGGCUCAGCUCUGUGGACGUGUCAGAGGGACGGCGAGGUGAAGCUGAGGAUGGGCGAGUCGGGGCUGGAGGCUGAACCUCCUCUCACCGUGAACCAGAUGUUCACACGUGCUGUGGAGCUGUUCGGCAAACGCACGGCGCUCGGAUGGAAGGAAGGAGAGCAGUGGAAGAAAAUCAACUUCGAGGAGUAUUACAAAGAGUGUCGCACUGCAGCCAAGAGCUUCCUGAAGCUCGGCCUGCAGCGCUACCAUGGAGUCGGUAUCCUGGGCUUUAACUCUCCUGAGUGGUUCAUCUCUGACAUUGGAGCGAUUUUGGCUGGAGGGUUUUCUGUGGGCAUCUACACCACCAACUCCCCUGAGGCGUGUCAGUACGUGGCUGAGAACUGCCAGGCCAACAUCCUGGUGGUGGAGAACCACAAACAGCUGCAGAAGAUCCUGCAGAUCCAAGACAAGCUGCCUCACCUGAAAGCCAUUAUCCAGUACAAAGAUGCUCUGAAAGAGAAGAAACCAAAUCUUUACUCGUGGGAGGAGUUUAUGGAGCUGGGCCGGAACGAGCCGGACGGUCCGCUUGAUGACAUCAUCGCAUCGCAGAAACCCAAUCAGUGCUGCAUGCUGAUCUACACAUCAGGAACCACUGGACAGCCAAAAGGGGUCAUGCUGAGCCAUGAUAACUUGACAUGGACAGCGCUUGUGACUGCUCAGACGGUCCACCUUACAGAGGAGACUCAGGAGGUGGUGGUGAGCUACCUGCCCCUCAGCCACAUCGCCGCCCAGAUGGUCGACAUCUGGAUCACUAUGAGGGCCGGAGGAGCCACGUACUUCGCCCAGCCUGACGCCCUAAAGGGCUCUUUGGUGAACACCCUGCGUGAGGUUCGACCCACAGCGUUCCUGGGAGUCCCUCGGGUCUGGGAGAAGAUGCAGGAGAAGAUGAAGGCAGCCGGAGCCAAAUCAUCUGGCCUGCGGCGCAAAGUGGCGAUCUGGGCCAAAGGCGUCGGUCUGCAAACCACCCUGAGCAGGAUGGAGCAGAGCGGUGCGACACACACGCCACUGAACUAUCGCCUAGCCAAGCGUAUAGUGUUCAGGAAGGUGAGGAAGGCGCUGGGGUUGGACCGCUGCCGCCUCUGCUACACCGGCGCAGCACCAAUCACCAAGGACACGCUGGAGUUCUUCUACAGCCUGGACAUCCCGCUGAUGGAGCUGUACGGCAUGAGCGAGAGCAGCGGACCACACAGCAUGUCCGUGCAGGAGGCCUUCAGACUCACCAGCUGCGGGAAGGUGAUCGCAGGUUGCCAGACGAAGAUCUUUAAUCCCGACGCGGACGGAAUCGGCGAGAUCUGCUUCUGGGGACGACACGUCUUCAUGGGCUACCUGAACAUGUUAGACAAGACGGAGGAGGCACUGGACGCAGACGGCUGGCUGCAUUCCGGAGACCUGGGCAAACACGACAAGGACGAAUUUCUCUACAUUACAGGACGCAUCAAAGAGCUGAUCAUCACUGCUGGAGGAGAAAACAUUCCCCCGGUGCCCAUCGAGGACACGGUGAAAGAGGCCCUGCCCAUCAUCAGCAACGCCAUGCUGAUCGGAGACAAGUGCAAGUUCCUCUCCAUGCUCCUCACCAUUAAGUGCGAGUUAAACAGCGAGACCGGUGUCCCGGAGGACGAACUCACCCCCGAGGCUGUGGAGUGGUGCAGGAAGUUGGGCAGCUCGUCCACACGGGUGUCUGAGAUCUGUGGAGGACGCGACCGCCUCGUCAACGCCGCCAUCCAGGACGGCAUUAACAGAGUGAACCAGAGCGCCACGUCUAACGCCCAGCGCAUCCAGAAGUUCGUAGUGCUAGAGCACGACUUCUCCAUCACCGGAGGAGAGCUCGGUCCCACUAUGAAGCUGAAGAGGCCAGUUGUGCUCAAGAUGUACAAAGAACAAAUCGAGAACCUCUACAAGGAGGCGGUGACUCCAAGCAACCCCGAGAACCCGCUGCCUCCUAAAUAAGAUCCAUACCAAAGAACACACACAACACACACACACAAACGCUUCUGUCUGUAUUUGCGUCGCUUCUAAGUGCGUGUGUGUGUGAGACGGCGUGUAACUUUUCACAAAGUCUCUUCUGUCUUUACUGUUUGUUUUUGUUGUUUUUGUUCCAUGAUGCCUUUUUGUUUUUGUUUACACCUGCAAGCACAAUGCUAAAGAAAUACGAGCGACGUCAACGUCAAGCUGUGAAGUUCUUCUCGAAUUCAUUGCCAGUUUGUUUGUUUGUUUAUUUAUUUAUUUCUGAGGUGUGAUGAAGUCCGUAGAAGAGCCUUAGACUUAGACCCGAUUCAUUGUGAGCGUUCAGGAAGCCGGGCUGCUCGACAUUAUUUAUAAUGAGCUUAUUUGCAGUUAUGAAAAUAAAGUUUUUAUAAGAAACAAAACAAAAAAAAGGUGUGUAGCUGCAGUGUUCUUUAGUCUCCUGACGUUCUGGAGUGAACGAGAAUCCGACGUUCUGUAUCUAAAGACGAUCUAGAACCGAUGCUGUAUACGGAUCUGUCUCUAUCUGUUCAUCCCUCUGGAUAGACAGUCGUCGUCUUUCUCCGAGAACGUCCAACGAGGUUUUUGCUGUAAAUGAAAGACGUACAGAAAUUUUAAGAGAGAACGUGCCCCGAGAUGAUUAGGUUCUCCAGACUUAGGUUAGGGAGAACCGAGACAUUUCUGGAAAACUCUACACCAACGUACUUCCUCAAGGCUCCAAAUACAUAUUUGUGAUGCUAGAACUGUAGCCGGUCCAAAGAACCCUUGAGGAAACUUUGGUGUAGGUUUCUAAAAGAGAGGGAAUCCCUUUAGCGUGAGGCUCUGAUUGGUUAGCGUGGGUUCUACUGGGAACCUGUUUUUUUUUCCUUUAGAAAGACCAGACUAUGAAUUGUCCAAAGAACCCCAGAGGAACUCCACAACAUCUCAAAAGCCUCUUAAAGCUCAGAACGUUAGAAAGAAAUUCUGGUGGAGAAAAAAACAAUAACACAGAAACCUGUUAGAGUUCCAAUGGAAGCCUUCAGGGUCCAUCAGACCCCAAAAGAACCUGAAAGCAUUUGAUGGGCUUCUACUUGGAAAGUUACACAUUUAAGCCCUUUAGAAAGACCGAAGUGUUAAGUAGCUGAGGAAUCGUUGAGGAUCUUCUGCUUUCCCUCCUGUUUAAAGGGCAGCCUGUUGAAGGUCUCCAUGAAACGUGAACAUGAGGGGAAAAAUGACUGAACCCUUAAAGGUUCACAUGGAUCUAAAAUCCAUCACGUGUUUAAAUGUUCAUGACGAGACGUGACCUUCCCCCGAUUCCUCCUUGUUGGAAGACGUCGAUGAGGUUGUAGUAAUAAACGUGUGUGUAGCACUGAGUGCAGUGUAGAGAUGAGAAUCACUGCUUCUGACACUUUUGCACUAUUUAUUGCCUCUCGUGCACUGCUCUGGUUUCAUGGAUGUUUUUUUUUCACCAGCAGAUUUAAAGCCACAAAAUCACACAUUUGAAGCCAUGAAAGUUUUUUAUUUAUCCUUCUUUUCACCGCCAUGUUAUUUGUUGAAAUGUUUCUAUUCAGGGUCUGAUUUAUUAUUGUAAUUAUUAUUGUUAUUUACAGUUUGCAGUGAACUUGUUCCAUAUUGUAAAUAGCUUCCUGCUCGAUCUGUGCUGUUUGUGUGUGUUGAUCACGUGACUGAACGGCUGCUUUCGUGCCGUCGGAUGUUGUAAAAAAACAAAAAAAACAAAGUAAGAUGAAGUGAAUAUAAAGAAUCUGUUUUUGAUAGUUUGGCAUGUUGUGAUAUGACUGAAUAGAAAUAUGGAAAUAAAUCUGUACAGACUAAAA